UAAUUCAAAAUGACGCAUGCGUUGCAAAUUUUUUACUUGCCAAAAAAUUGAUGAGCGAAUCGGAGGUGCAGGCAAACGAAGAAAAAGGCGACUUGGGAAUUGUGGAUAGUAAUUUGGUAAUAUACGAGAAAGGAUCGUGAAAGAAAAAUACCUGGAAACGACGCCGAGUUCAAAAACAGGCAAGUGGAAGAAGCAGAGCCCCAAAGAAGCAGAAGAAAAAAAGCAAGCAGAAGAAGCAGCAUUAUUGGCAGGGGCAGAAGCGCAUUAGUAGCCCUUGAAGAAAAAAACGGGGAAAAAUCAAAGAUAUAUUUCAAUUGUCGAAGGCGGAGGUGUAAAGUGAUCGAAAGAAACAAAAUUUAUACAAAUAAAAGCAUACUCAUAUUUCAUUGGAUAAUUUGACGCAUCGUUCGUACAAAAGUAGCAAAACGGCAGCGAUUACAGCAACAACUACGCCACCAGCUUCGACAAUGGAGAAGCCGAAGGAAUUGAUCAUUGAGCCAAAAAGCGAACUGCGCUUUAUAGGUCCAUUUACUCGUCCUGUUAUUACUGUUAUGAAAAUAACUAAUCCAACAGAUAACAUAAUACUGUUCAAGAUCAAAACGACCGCCCCGAAACGGUACUGUGUGCGCCCGAAUUUCGGUUCACUUGAACCACAUACGCAUGCCAGAAUUGAAAUUUGCUUACAACCAUUUGCGUAUGAUCCCAACGACAAGAAUAAGCAUAAGUUCAUGGUGCAGAGCCUGGUUGUGCACGAUCGUUCAGUUGAAGACUGGAAUAAGUUGUGGAAGGAGUCGGAACCGCAACAAUUGAUGGAUGUUAAGUUGAGAUGUGUCUUCGAGAUGCCAACUGUAACGUCAGCCGCAGACAGCAGUGGUGGUUCAGGCACUAACGAGAUAGUUAAAGAAACGUCAACAAAAAUUGAGUCAGAAAAUAAAGCAAUUCCAUUUCGCGAGGAGAAGGUCUCAAAUGUGCAACCAUCAGAGCAACGUGAAGAGUUAUUGUCUGACAUUAGGCGGCUGCGCGAAGACAAUGAGAAAUUGCAAAGAGAGAAGCGUCAUCUUACAGAUGAAAUCGUCAAAAUUCGGGAUUCCUAUUCGAAACCGAUGUACGAUCAGGCCUAUACACCGAUACUGGGCGAGAAGCAAAUUCCGGUAUUUUAUAUAGCGUUGUCGAUUGUUGCGGCCAUAUUCGGUUUCCUGUUUGGCAAAUAUUUUUGAAUGCAUACAACGCAAGCAAAACUAUGAAGUGCGGACAUGUUUACCAACAAGAUCGCAACAGCAACAACAGCAUAAUAUGUAUAAGCAACAGCAAAAAUACAAACCAGAUGAACAAUGAACACGAAACUUAAAAUACAUAUUUAAAACAAGCAAGAAACCAGCGGUAAAAA